GAAAACAUUUCUUUCAAUUUUAUUUAAUGGGCGAACGAGUGAGACACUACAACCCAAUUAAGUUAAAAGUCUAGGACUCGAUAAAAAUUUACGGAAAGGUUAUUAAAUCAAUUAAAAAUAUUUUAUUCGACGAGAGCAUUUUUAAUCAAUUAUGGGAAAAAUAAAAAUAACAGCAAAUGAUGUCAUUUCAUGGCCACAUCAGUAUCUCGCUCGGCGUGUCAACGAGGCAAUAGGCAGCCACAUCACUUGUUUCUCUUCCACGUGGAUGAGUUGCCUCGUUUCACUCUCUGGCAGAUUCUGCCACGUGGUACAUCCCAUAUUCCGCCACGUACGCAUUAUUUUAUUUUUUCUUUCCCAUGUAAGUUUCGCUCUUCCGAUUCUGUUUUGAUCCCUAUUUCUGCAAAUUCCGAUCUGUACAAACGUCUUCAUUAAUAACGAUUCAACUUGCAGAGACUCUACAUUCAGAUUGUAGAAUUUAUAAAUCGAGAUGAUGGAAGAAUACAGUUAUGUUUUUGGUUUGGGAUGACAACCAUCUCUGCUUCCUCGUGUUUGUCUGCAACUGAGAGCGGUUGCACAAUUGCUAUCACUUUCUGCAUAAUUCAAUAACUCCAUGGCAAAAACGCGUUUAAACUUUCUUAGUUAGAGUGAGUUCGAGUCACUAGCCGGUGAGGCAGCGUCGACGACGGCAGUGUAUCAUGGAUCCUUCAAUAAUGAAGCUCCUCGAAGAAGAUGAGGACGAAACAAUGCAUUCCGGUGCUGACGUUGAUGCAUUCCAGGCUGCCUUGAAUCGGGAUAUUGUAGGUGAUGCAUCCACUUCUCAGCCGUCUGAUUCGGAUACAGCAGUUUUGUCAUGUGAAAUCAAACAAAGUCCCAGUCAACCAUUUCUGGAUUGGCAAACCACGUCACAAGGAGAAAAUGCCAGUGGUCCAAGUCAGCAACAACAACAGCAAGAGCAGCACAUAUCUGUAACGGAGAUAAAGCAGCAUGGGUCUGCUGCUGAGAAUCAACAACUACAGAAUAAUGUCAGACAGAUGUCUAGUCACCUAUCGUUACAUCAGAAAGAGCUCCAAGAUGAUGUUCAGCAGGGGCAAACACAACAAAUGUCUAUUCAGACCCCUCAACUAACUGGGAUGGAGAUUUCUGAGAGAAAUUCUAUGUCAUUACCUGAGUUAGAAAAAAUGCAAAAUCUAGAUACUGGGUCUCAAUACUUGAAGAUAAAGAAGAUGGUUACUCAACAGGCCACAGCUACAGAGCAACCUGGCAACCUAAAGAAUCAAGUCAAGCCGAUACCAUUUAUGCUAUUGCUUCCUACCUUAAAUUCGCAUCUUGAUAAGGACAGAGAAAUGCAGCUUCAGACUCUGUUUAAUAAAAUGAGGAAAAAUGAAAUCAAGAACGAACAAUUUGUCAGGCUUAUGAGAAGUAUUGCAGGGGAACAAGUGUUUAAGUUGGCAUUAGAACAGGUGCAGUUGCAGAUGCAAUCUCAAGCUUUUGCACACCAAUCCAUUACGAGAACACCUGGUGCCAGUGCCUCUUCUGCAGUUCAAGUUCAUGCUGAUUAUCCAUCUGCAGAAAAAAGUGUUCAGAAACCCCGAGAGGUAUAUUGUCAGCCAGAUUCUCAUGGAAUGCAGACCAGCUCUUCCUCCAGUGCUAGCAUAGUCAAUCAGGAUAGGGAGCGCCCCUCAAUUCCAGUGCCAGGACAUAGAAAGCAGCAGCAACAUUUGCACUUUCCACAGAGUUCCUUUCUAAUGCAUGGAAAUAAUACUGCUACUUAUCACCCAUAUUCUGGAGCAAAUGUCUAUACUUCAGGAUCUCCAAUGAAACAACAACCUCAUGAUUUACAAAUACGGAAAAGUUCACAUCAAACCAUGGGUGCAAUUCGAAUGGGAGGUUCAACCCACACAAUGAACAUUAUGAAUAUGCCAAAAUUUGAGAGGAAAAACUCUAUUACAGAUCCCAGCAGACUACAGAAGGGUUCUAUUUCCCAAUAUACAAACAAAUCGGCACUGCAGCAAAGCUCAGUUCCAUGGCAAGCGCCAACAAAUAAACAAGUACUGGUUGAACAGGCUACCGAGCAGCCAUAUAAGUCCCAGUUGUCUAACCCUCAGAGUUUGUCUGCCACCCUCGUUGAUCAGGGGAAUGCGGUACCAGGAAAUAUGAAGGAUGAGUCUUUAGAGAAGCACCCUUCUAAAGUUGGUUUCUCCCCACCUACUAGUAUGGUGCCCUCAAAUUCAGUUUCUCCUUCCAUUGCAAAUAAACUGGACCCUAAUGUCCCGGUAGGUUCUCAGAUCCCAUCUGUAGCUUCUUCUGCUGGAGUAAAUGCGAAAACACCUCCAAAGAAACCAUCAGUUGCCCAAAAGAAGCCACUUGAAGCACUUGAUUCUUCUCCACCUGUUUCAAGUAAGAAGCAAAAAGUAUCAGGGCAGUUUUCAGAUCAAAGCAUUGAACAGCUCAAUGAUGUCACUGCUGUCAGUGGAGUUAAUCUAAGGGAAGAGGAAGAACAGUUAUUUUCUGGGUCCAAGGAGGAUUGUCGAGUUUCAGAAACAUCUCGGAUGGUUGUGCAAGAAGAAGAGGAAAGACUGAUUUUGCAGAAAAUUCCACUCAAGAAAAGAUUGGCGGAGAUCAUGAGCAGAUAUAGAUUGAAGAAUAUCAAUGAUGAUGCAGAGCGAUGCUUGUCUUUGGUGAGAUGUGCGUUGAGGAAAGAAUGCGGGGACUAAUAAGUAACCUAUCAGGUAUCCAAAGCA